AUGGCGAGGCAGGCUGUUCCUCUGCAGCCCAUAAAGGUUCAUGGUGGAGCAGAUAUCCAGCUGCAGCCCAUGGAGCUGGAACUGGAAUACAUGGGUAACCACAGGCAGAAGCUGUUUUACCAGUCAUUGCUUCAGGCUGUCCUGAAAACAUGGUGGGAAAGUCACCUGCUGAGCAGGAGGCAUCCAGAGCCAGUGGCUGGUUUGCUUUGCCUCUUUGUAGGUGGGUCUCAGCCUUCUGAUGGUCUUUCUUCAUCUGAUUUUUCCUGCAGACCCAAAGAGGCUUUCCAAGCCAUUGAGAAAACAAUUGUAGAGAAUAAGAAUUUCCAUGAAGUUAUCUUGGCUUUGAUGGUCCCGGAGACAUGUGUCAAAAACUGUGGCCAUCGCUUCCAUGUCCUUGUGUCCAGCCAGGACUUUGUAGAAGGUGUCUUGGUCAGGACAAUCCUGCUGAAGAACAAUUCACCUGCCAUAGUACAUGACAAGUUGCUGACCCUCAUCCAGUCCUGGGCAGAUGCCUUCCGCAGCUCACCAGACUUGACUGAUGUUGUUGCCUUCUAUCAAGACCUGAGACGAAAGGGCCUGGAGUUCCCCAUGACUGAUCUGGACGUGCUGUCACUCACACCACAGAGGACUGUGUAUACCUCCAACUCCCAAUCUGAACAGAACUCACCUGCUGUCAACUCCCCUCAGCAGAUGGAGUCCAUCCUCCACCCCGUCACCCUGCCCGCCCAGAGAGACACAUCCAGCGAUACGCCCAUCACACCCAUGCCAGAGCAGAUUGGGAAGCUGCGCAGUGAGCUGGAGGUGGUGAAUGGUAACACGAUGGUGAUGUCGAAGGUGUUGACAGAGCUACUGCCAUCCCAGGCCGAGCCUUCAGACCUGGAGCUGCUGCAAGAGCUGAAUCGGACGUGUAGACCAGCCAUGCAGCAGCAUGUGCUGGAGCUGAUUCUCCAUGUCCUCCAUGAGCAACUCACUGAGGAGCUGCUUCUCAUCAAUGACAACCUCAACAAUGUGUUUCUGCACUAUGAAAGGUACCUCUCUCCUCCCUUCUCCACCCUGCUCUUCCACAAGAGUUUACUGCCCCUUGAAGGCCUUCUAUCCCACCUUUUUGACCUGCCUGAGAGUAUAAUGCUCAAGAUGUAUCAGCCCGCAUCAUCCAUCUUUGCGAACAAAUCCAGUUCUCAGGUUUUAGUGAUUUAUUCCUGUCCCUUCAAACCUGCUGUGUAAGUAACUGAUGGAAUGAGGUAGAGAACAAUUUGAUUUACCUGGGAUGCAGUACUCCUUCUUGAAGUCACCAACAACCUUUCAUCUCAGCUGGCUGGAAUGAGUAUGUUGCCAUUCAGUUUUCCCCUCAGUCCUUUUCCUGUCCUGCACUGGGAAUCCUUUCAUGCGCUUGAAUGACAUCCAAAAGUUACUUAGUCAUGUUAGUAAAGUAACGUAGACAAAUAGCGUGUAUUGUCAACUAACAAACUCAUGGAGAAAAUUGUAUAUCCCCAAGGAGCAAAGUAUAUGUCUCAGCAUCCACACCUUAUGUGUGCGGGAGGUGGACAUGACUUAAGAAGGACUUCAGCAUGAGGCUAUGGCUAAGGACUGGGCCUUCCAGCAGGUGAAGGGAUAAAGUUAAUCCCUCUCCAGUGCUUAGCACCAAUGCAGUUGUCUCUUUUGCUCUGUGUUGUCAAGCUGACCACUGAGGCCUGGGAAAGAAAAGCAGCUGAGCUGCUGACCAGAGGGAGGCGGUCCUGGUGGCUACCGCGGGAGAUUUAAAUGGCCCAUAGGGCUGCUGCUUAAGGAGAUAUAUAUAUAUAUUAAAAAUACAGCUUAAUUUCCAAAAGGCUAUGAUGUAUAAUACAGAAAUAGUGCCACAUGUACGCUUACCACUUAUACUUUUUCCAGUGCAUUUUCUUUAAACAUGUUUUAAUCUGUCAGCUUUUAUUCCUGAUUUGUGCUACAGUUAUGUUUUUAUUUUGAUCAGAUUGAAAAUAAAGAGAAAGAAUAAGCACGGACUGGGUAGAUAAAUUAAUUCAUCUUUUCACUGGGACACAUGAUCCUAAAAUACAUGCCAUUCUGUACUGAACCAGAAAUUGAAAACUCACUGCAAAUAAGGUUAAAUUGAUAGGGUUAUAUUUAAUUAUUUUGGCUCUUCCUUCUCUUGC